ACACUUUAUUUAUUGAUCUGUCUUUUUCCUUUAUAGGUAACUCACAAUAAAUCAUUUUGGAGGCCAAUGAGUGAAACAAAUUAUUCUCGGGUGACUGAAUUUGUAUUAAUGGGACUCUCCAGUUCCAAGGAGCUACAACCUUUCCUGUUUGUAAUAUUUUCAGUACUGUACCUAGCAAUACUAUUGGGAAACUCUCUCAUCAUCCUCACUGUGACCUCAGAUUCCCGCCUUCAUACCCCCAUGUACUUUCUCCUUGCAAACCUCUCUUUUAUAGAUAUGUGUGUUGCCUCCUUUGCUACCCCCAAAAUGCUUUCAGAUUUUCUAGUUGAACGCAAGACAAUUUCUUUCAAUGCCUGCUUGGCCCAAAUUUUCUGUGUUCAUCAGUUUGCUGGUGGCGAAAUGGUGCUCCUCGUGUGCAUGGCCUAUGACCGCUAUGUCGCCAUAUGCAAGCCUCUCCAUUACAUGACAAUCAUGAACCGCCGGGUGUGUAUCACCCUUGUUCUCAUCUCCUGGUUUGUUGGCUUUGUCCAUACUACUAGCCAGUUGGCAUUUACUGUUAACUUGCCCUUUUGUGGUCCUAAUCAGGUCGAUAGUUUUUUCUGUGACCUCCCUCUUGUGACUAAGUUGGCCUGCAUAGACACUUAUGUUAUCAGCUUACUAAUAGUUGCAGACAGCGGCUUUCUUUCUUUGAGCUCCUUCCUUCUCUUGGUUGUCUCUUACACUGUGAUCCUUAUCACAGUUAGGAGUCGCUCCUCUGCCAGCAUGGCCAAGGCUCGCUCUACACUGACCGCUCAUAUCACUGUGGUCACGCUUUUCUUCGGACCAUGUAUUUUCAUCUAUGUGUGGCCCUUCAGCAGCUAUUCGGUGGACAAAGUCCUUGCUGUGUUCUAUACCAUCUUUACUCCCAUUUUAAACCCAGUUAUUUACACUCUAAGGAAUAAAGAAAUGAAGUCAGCUAUGUCAAAACUGAAGAGUCGAUACCUGAAGCCUGGUCAGGUUUCUACACUCAUAAGAAAUUUUCUUUUUCUAGAAACAAAGUAA